AUGCUUUCAUCAUCAUCAUUUCGCGAUUUGCAACCAUUCUUCCAUCCACUACACAAUGGCGUCAAUGCUGGUCUUAAUACUGCCAUUCAAAACAAUGUUCAUAAUUUUAUUACGGAAAUUAUUCAUAAUGUAGAAUGCUAUUCCUAUAAUACAGUGGAGAAUCAUCAACACUACAAUUUCAUCUUAUACGGAGGCAAUGAUCAUGUGUAUUUGAGUGUUUAUAAAGUAGAUCAUAAUAGCAAGAGUGUGAGUGAUAUUUCAAAACCAAUAUUUAUGGAUGCUACACAUGGAAAAAGAAUUACACUGUUGGCUUUUGCGAAUAUGUGUGAAACCGAUUAUCGAUUGACCUUUGCUGUAGUAGAUAGUUCAAAUACUGUAUCAAUCUAUCAAUCUGAGAAGAGAGUUCACUCUGGAGCUACUUUGUCUUCAAGUUCCAUUAG